AUGUCUCUGUCGCCGGACCAUUCCGCCGCUAGUAGCUUGUUGUGCGGCGAAGACGUAGGCGAUGUGAUCACCGACAACCUGUCGCCACCUCUUCCGGCAUCACUUCCUCCGGCGUUCGAUGAAGCGGAGAUCGCCGGACUCAUGCACGCAGAGACCCACCACAUACCGGAAAAAGAUUAUCUCCGGCGCUGCCGCGACCGAUUCAUAGACAUCACUGCACGCUUAGACGCCAUCAACUGGAUCUUAAAGGUGCACGCAUUCUAUCAGUUCCGGCCAGUAACGGCGUUUCUCUCCGUUAACUACUUGGACCGUUUCCUGUCAUGCUCUUCUCUUCCGCGACCAAGUGGGUGGGCGUUUCAGCUGCUUUCAGUGGCUUGUUUGUCUCUAGCGGCGAAAAUGGAGGAGCCUCAAGUGCCGCUAUUGCUCGACCUGCAAUUGUUCCAACCCCGGUUCGUUUUCGAACCAAAGACGGUUCAGAGAAUGGAGCUUCGAGUCAUGGCCAAUCUCAAAUGGAGACUGCGUUCUGUCACCCCCUUCGAUUACCUUGAUUAUUUCAUCUCCAAGCUCCCUUCUUCUUCUUCUUCUUCUUCUGAUUCUGAAUCCAUGAACUGGUUCAUUUCCACAGCCUCAGACCUCAUUCUCAGCACCACUCGAGUGAUUGACUUCUUGGGGUUUGCGCCGUCCACCGUGGCAGCCGCCGCCGUGCUCUGCUCAGCUGGCCACACCCAUGAAGCCAACGGCCAAUUGCCACUGUCUUUUCACGACAGAGUAAACAAAGAAAUGGUGAGAUGCUGUCACCAACUAAUGGAGGAGUACGUGGUGGACACGUGUCCCGCAUCUCGUCCUAAAGGUAGGAGAGCCGAGCCGGCGCCGCCAUCAAGCCCCGUCGGCGUGCUCGACGCCGCCACCUGUGGGAGCUGCGACACUCGUUCCGAGAGAAACGAAAAUGGCUCAAGAGUAGGCCAAGCUGAGCCGCCAAACAGCAAGCGGCUGCGAUCCUCUGCUCCGGAUGUACAGCAGCGGUAG